AUGAAAAAGCUUAAGGAGAAUCCGAAGUUGGAUCCUGGUGGUUUUAGGGAUGAGAUAUGUAGAACAUUAAGGUGUAAGGUCUCGAUGUCGAAGGCAUAUAGAGCUAGGAGGAAAGCUUUAGACUUGUUGCACGGGUCUAAUGUGGAGCAGUAUGGCUUGUUGGGGGACUACUGUAAUGAGAUUGAGAGAUGUAAUCCAGGCACUUCUCUGUCUUUGAAACUUAUAGAUGAUGAAGAGUCUGGAGUACAACGGUUUCAAAGGAUAUAUGUUUUUCUUUCUGCAUGCAAGAGAGGCUUCCUUGAAGGCUGUAGGCUGGUGGUAGGUGUGGAUGGUUGUUGGCUUAAGGAUAGCUUUGGAGGGCAGUUGUUAAGUGUUGUGGGUAUUGAUGCAAACCACAAUAUUUUUCCUAUAGUAUACGCUAUGGUUGAGGUUGAGAACAAAGAUAGUUGGCUGUGGUUCUUAGAGCGGUUGAAGAGGGAUUUGGAUAUUGAAGAUGGACAUAAUUGGACGUUCAUGAGUGAUAAGCAGAAGGGACUGAUUCCUGCUUUCGAAUCCAUUUUGCCCCAGGCUGAGAAUCGGUUUUGUGUGAGACAUUUACAUACAAACAUGAAACGUGAUGGGUAUACAGGCAUUGUAGUGAAGAGGCUGUUAUGGGCAGCAGCUAAAGCUACCACCAUUCCGGAGUUUAAACGAAGGAUGGAGGAAAUGAAAAAGGCUUCUGAAGAUUUUUAUUAUGAAGCGAAAGAUAAGCCAAUUAUUUCCAUGUUAGAGAAGAUAAGAAACUUGUUGAUGGUGAGGAUGCAGUUGAAUCGGGAGAAAGCUGAAAAAUUGGACGAUUCACUUUGUCUGAAAAUAAUGAAAAUAAUGAAGAAAAGGAUGGAAGAGGCUUCUGAAUUCAUUCCAAUGAGAAGUGAUGAUUGGAAUUUUCAGAUUACUGGAUCUUUGGACCAACAUACAGUUAAUGUGAGGGAUAGAAUAUGUAGUUGCAGGAAAUGGGACUUCACAUACAUUCCAUGUAAGCAUGCAGUCUCUGCAAUUUGGUGUAGAUGA